AUGGCCAACAAUAAAAAAUUCAACCGCUGGAUCGGUCUAUACGUAUUACUUAUAAUUAUGCUGCCAUCAGCUUUAUCGUAUAACAACAUCACUUAUGUAGAGGAUGAAGACAUGUUACAAGUAUGGUCCUUUUGGGCAAGCUACAAUAACGGUGCAAUAGUUCAGUUACUUAAACAAGUGAAUGAUACCUGCUUCGAACCACGAAUAUUUGUUCGCAACAUUGAUCAAAAUGGGACUGUCUUCGCGUUUACUAUCGAAUAUCCUUGGCCUGAGUUUAAUUUUUGCAGAAUUCCUAAUUUUGUACCUCCAGUUGAGGGCGAUGUUCCUGCACAAUUUUCUGUAUUCGGAAACGAUCAUAUAUUUAUACCAUUUUUUCGUAUUGUUGAUGGAGCGUAUGAAGGGCGAGCAAUAAUUGUUUCGGGGCAAGGAGAGAUUCUUUCAAGCGAGAUAUGGCUAGGACCCUAUGCUAAAUAUACCGAAACUGGGUCGUUGUAUCGUACACCCCUGCUGCGAGAUGUGAACAAUGACGAUCAAUUUUACUUGCGCUUUGCAUCAGGAGUGGCUGACCGACUUGCCUGGACCCGCGUCAAGUUAAGCCUAGAACCUUUCGAAGUAAAAGAAAUUUAUUAUGGUAUUUAUGAUGAUAUAAUAGUACCCGGAACAACAAGCGCUGCUUUUGUAUCUGUAAGCGGUGAUCUUGUCGCUCCGGAAAUCAGCAAGACCAACGCCACUGAUGACGCCGGUUUUAAAUGGGCAGUUCACGUGUCAUUUCUGCACUCGGAUGCAAACGAGCCAACGGAACCUUACUUGAUUUAUCAAACUUCAGUUCAGUUCUCCCAAUUGAGUGUCAGAGCAUGUGCAUCUUCAUCCGACGGAUCAGGCCAUCAGUGUAUUAUUAACAUGGUUCUCAACAGUACAUUUGGAAAUUCAUCAGAAACUUUUGUUCGAGUCACUUUCUUAUCAACUGGAGCGGUCGUUGAUGUUAAAGAACUUAUAACAAUUAAUAAUUUUGCGGGUGAGAUGGAAGUUUACAACUUACCCUACGGUGGAUACUUGUUAAACACCUUGACUGCAUCUGUUAAUAAGACUAAAACAUUUGAUAAGCUCACAAUCGAUCUGUACGACAAUAACGGGACUUUCAUUCAACAAGCUGAUAUUCCUACUGAUAUGCAUAUUUCCUAUGGAGUUUUGACUUUUCCAAAUAAUUCUGUGUGGACAGUUAGUGAAAUAUUCAAUAAAACAUGGAAUCUGAUUUCAACUGAUUUACCUAAAUUUUUGCCGAAUGAUAAUGGUUAUGAUAAUCCUACAAUUAACGCAACAUAUCCAAAAACUGGGGAGACGAUUCCGACUGAUACGAAAACCUUUUCUAUUGUAUACAACAUCCCCGUUGUUUCAUCUGUUGGCAACAUUUCUAUUUAUCAAGCUACUGAUAAUGGUGAUAUUCUCAGAGAAGAAAUAUCAGGGCAGUCAGAAUACGUAUCUAUUAGCAACAAUAACACUGUGUUCAUUCAAGUUUUGGAUAGCACGUUUAAUCAACCGAAUACGAAUUAUUACGUCAUUGUCGGCAGUAAUUUUGUGAAAAGUGAAAAAUUCGGUGAAGCGCUCGCUGGAAUCAAUAAAAAUGUCUGGUAUUUCAAUACAGGAGAUGCAGAGGAUAUUUAUGCUGAUACUGUAAACGGAUUAGUGCGCUUGACUGCCAAUGGGACGUCGUAUUAUGAGAAUCUUCCCUCGGGAGGGGACAAGAUAGCGUUUUGGGAUUCUGUAAAACGUCAACUCAGUCAAGUUAUUCCGGUAGACCUAGAUCGCCUUUCAAUUCAUGGAAAGCCGCAAUACGAUCCAUCAUUGGAAAACAAACAGAUCUUAUUUCGUCUUCAAAUAAAAUCUACAAGAGCUACUGGUCAGAGAAGUGUAUCCAAAGUCAUGAGUGAUCUAACGACUUUGAUACAGCACAAAAGUAUUACAGCUGUUCAAUACUACACUUAUAUUUCUAUGUUAGACGAGACUUAUGGGUUUACAGUGACGCCCGAUUUGUGGGCAAGUUUCAAAUACGAAUUCUUGGCCAUAUUUUGUAUAUUACUUUUCAUAACAAUCUUGUAUCUAUUAGCCAGAUACAAAUAUAAAGAGGGAAGAAAUUUUGCAAUAUUCAGAUUGGCUAUUAUGCUUCAGGAUUUGGUUCUCGAUAUAUUAUUUUUAUACAAAAACAGCCGAGAUGUUCCAAACUUAUUCUUGCCAAGCAUUCUUGCAUUUGCGGUCCCAGUUACAUGGAACAGUGUUAUUGCAUUCUGUAUCAUGGUUCAAGAAAAUGCAACGAAUGCAAAAUUUCAGAUUUGGUUUUCAAAUUAUCCUAAGCUUGCAUCAAUAUUCACAGUAUUGGCAGCAGCAGACGUUGAGAUGUUGAGUAUACUAUCAUCUAAUUUUGCUGGAUUUCCCUCGUUCACUGCACCGUUUUCGGUGAAAACAAAAACGUGGAUGUUUUGGGGAGGCUUUACCAAUCUUUUUAUUGAAGAUGUGCCUCAGUUUGUAAUUCAGGUUUUCUACAGAAACUCUACAAUUUCAUACAACAUUAUACCGUUCUUGACCUUGAUCAGCAGUUCGGUGAUCAUAACGAUUAACGUCAUCGAAAGAAGCUAUCAUGUAGUCAACAGACUCUAUUCUAGAAAACGUUGUAGAAGUACUGAGUCAUUAGAAAGCGAUUCGAACAAUUUAAUCUUUGUUAGUUAUCCAACAAACGAAUUAUUGAUACAACCUUCAGAAAAAACAGUUGUAGCUAAAUCAAGGAGACGUGCUGUAUCGACAGGAGACAUUCCAACAAUGCAAAAAUUUCGAUAA